AGGGAGACGACCGCCGCCUCCUUCCUCACCAAAUACCCCGAAUAUGACGGCCGAGGCGUGAAGAUAGCCGUUCUUGACUCAGGCAUAGAUCCCGGCGCUCCCGGUCUUCAGACCACAAGCGAUGGCAAACCGAAGAUCAUUGACUUAAUGGACGGCUCGGGCGCCGGAGAUGUGGACACGUCUACUGUCGUCGAAGCGGAUAUCGACGGCUUUAUUACGGGUCUGACGGGUACUAAACUUAAGAUCCCGAGCCAAUGGCAGAACCCUUCCGGCAAAUACCACAUCGGAGUGAAGAAUAUCUACGAAUUGUUCUCAACAGAAAAGCGCUUUGAUUUGCACGAAAUGAUGACAAAUGAAUACAUGGAGAAUGAAUGGCAACCGAUGCAGAGGAUAGCGAUCGCCGAAGCCGUGCGACAGCUCCAGGAGUUCGAGAGGACUCAUUCGGACGCCUCGGCAGACAAUACCGAAGAGAAACUGAUCCGCGAAGACUUGCAAUCGAGAGUUGAUUUUCUCAAACAGUUGGACAAAAAGUUUACGGAUUUGGGACCGACUUAUGAUUGUGUGGUCUUUAAUGACGGCACGCAUUGGAAAGGAGUUGUGGACACUUCAGGCACCGGCAAACUAGAAGACUGUACACUAUUAGGCAAUUAUAGGGAGUGUUUGAAAUACGGGACACUUUCUAAUAGAGAUCUACUAAACUAUGGAAUCAAUAUCCAUAACGAGGGAAACGUUUUGGAAAUUGUCUCAAUAUGUUCGCCUCACGGGACACACGUGGCCAGUAUAGCGGCCGCGCAUUUCCCGAACGAACCGGAGAGGAAUGGUGUGGCGCCGGGCGCUCAGAUCGUCAGCAUAUGUAUCGCUGACAUGAGAGUGACACCUAUGGAGACGGGAACCGCUUUAAUGAGAGCACUUGUCCGAGUAAUAGAGAGCGGGUGUCACGUGAUUAACAUGAGUUACGGAGAGGCCGCCCAUUACGCCGAAGGCCGUAUUUUGGAUUUCAUACACGAAAUUGUCAAUAAGUACGGCGUUAUAUUUGUGGUCGCGGCUGCAAACAUGGGUCCCGCUCUGUCCACUGUCUGGACGCCGUCAACAAUGCACUCUUCAUCCAUGAUAUCAGUCGGCGCUUACGUAUCGCCCGAUAUGAUGGCCGCCGAGUACUCUAUGCUUAAGAAGAUGCCCGGAAUGAACUACAGCUGGUCGUCGAGGGGCCCGACCGCAAAUGGAGACCUGGGAGUGUCGGUGUCGGCUCCGGGCGGUGCCAUAACAUCGGUGCCCAACUGGUGUCGAAUGAAAUCGAUGUUAAAGAACGGAACGUCAAUGUCGUCGCCAAACGUUGCCGGAUGUGUGUGUCUUCUGGUGUCCGGACUGAAGGCCCGGGCAAUCGAUUACUCGCCUUAUAGUGUCCGCAGAAGUAUAGAGAACACUGCUCUCAAGAGUAUACAAAACUACGAGCCCUUCACUCACGGACACGGACUCAUACAAGUAGAGAAAGCCUUCGAGCACUUGACUCAAUUUAAAGACUCAGUCGAAAGGGAUGUCCGCUUUCACGUGACUAUUGGCCAGAAUUUAGGCGUUUAUCUCCGACAACCCGAAGAGGUGGCCAAUCCAUCGAUACAACAAAUUAGAGUUGACUCGAUUUUUCUGAAUGACAAACAAAUCGAUAACAAACGAAAAGUAGAUUUAGAGAUGAAUUUGAGUCUCAUUUGUGACAACGAGUGGAUAACGUGUCCGUCGUUUCUGCAUUUGACGUUCGGCUCGAGAGUGUUCUUCAUUAAAGUGGAUCCGCGAGGACUGGAAGACGGGAGGGAACACUUCGCGUUCAUCCGAGCCUACGAUACGAAUUGCAUAGAAAAGGGUCCCGUAUUUCACAUUCCCGUCUCCGUAAUGAAGCCCAUGAAAAUACCCGAUUCUAAACAACUCGAGAGCACUCAACACUAUAAACCGGGUUAUUUUAUGCGUCAAUUCGUGGACAUACCCUCGACAGUGAAUUCGGUGGUCAUUCGGGCCAAGAAUCUGGACCCACAAGAGAGCGGUUUGUUUGUCAUUCACUGCCAACAACUGUCGCCACUGCUGUCCAAUCAAACCCAUUUUGCCAAAAAGUUCUUUUCAUUGGAACCGUUGGCUGAGAAUACUUACGCUAUUCCCCUAAAAAGUGGUCGUACUCUUGAGAUCUGUUUCGGGAAGUGGUGGUCGAGUAUUGGCGAGUCUUCAGUUCAAUUGAGUGUUGAAUUUUACGGCCUCCAGCCCUCACUUGACUCAUACACAAUGUUGUCGAGUGAAGGCAUUUUGCGAUUAGACAUUCAAUCAAACUUUGGUUAUGAAGUGAUUUCGCCCAAUAUUCUGCUGGAGACAUACGUUCAGCCCUUAAGACCCGUUGAGAGUAAAGUUCGUCCCCUCACUGCUCGCGAUGUCAUACCUAUUGGUCGACAGAUCUAUGAGAAUGUUUUGAAUUAUAAUUUUCAAUUGUCCAAAGCGACCGUAGUUUACAUCUCGUGUCCGCUUCUAUCGGAUGUCUUAUUUGAAUCGGAAUAUGAUUCGCAAAUUUGGAUGAUUUUUGAUGCAAAUACUAAGCAAUUGUUGGCCACCGGAGACGCCUAUCCAAUCAUUUGGAAUUAUUGGGUGAAUCUAGAAAAAGGCGAAUACACUGUUCGGAUGCAAAUCCGUCACGAAUUGGUCGCACAAUUGGACAAACUGUCGGAUCUGUCGAUCAAUGUUCACCAGAAGCUGACUCCCGGCGCGUCGUUGAGUCUCUACGAGACCUACAAGAAUGCCAUCACUGAUGGCAAGAAGUUUAAUACUCAUGUGUUGCGACCAAACUGUCAGAAACCGGUGUUUGUGGCGGCGAUGACCGAACCACCGAAGGGUCUGACUGUGGCCGCCGGCGGCUACUUCUCCGGUCACAUAACGUUCACCGAAUCAGAGGUUCGCAAAAAAGCGGAACAGUUUGCCUUCAAAUACGUGGUCGACAGCGAACCACAGAAGAAGACCAAAGACAACGACAGCAAUAGUGCCGAAGACUCCGCCGACAAGAAGACCACUGCCGACGGUUUGCCCGAAAAGUCUUUGGAGGAACAGUUCAGCGAAGCGUUGAGUGAUCUGAAGAUAUCCUGGAUUUCAAAAUUAAAGGGUAAAUCAUCGGAAGACGUGUUCAAUGAACUUAAGGCUACAAACAAAGCCAAUACUCAGCUAUUGUUGGCCCGAAUGCAAGCGCUGGACGCCGACCCUCAACGCGGCCAACACCUGACCACUCAAAUCAAUUUGGCGAACGAUGUCUUGGAUUUGAUAAAAGUUAAUGAUUUGAUCUCUUGGUUGGCUGUCGUGAGGAGCGAGAAGAAGGACACCAAUAAUUCAACCAAUAAUACAAACGAUACGGCACUCAAAAAUCUGGAGAAACAAAAGACAACUGUUUUGGAAGCGCUGGCGAAGAAGGGUAUCGCCAUCUGUGACCUAAUUGACGCCCAGACCGCGGGCUCGACCACUGGGUCUGACGCCAAACUAUCGCCGACUGGCGACCAGUUUGUCUCUGACGUGAAUCAAGUUUACGCCGAGAUCUGCAAACUCACCGAUCCUUACGACCAAAAAGUGGCCAAAUUUACCGAACGUCACGCCCUUUUGCACCGACACUUCGGUCGAGCCAUCAAACUGUUUGCCAAACUCCAGGAGUCGAAGGCGUUCUAUGCCUGA